AUGCCACAGCCAACGCCGUCCACCGCCAUGUCCCUGCCGCCCUCGUACCUGCAGGCCCUCGACCUCAUCGACAGCGCCCACUCGCAGGACCCCGACACCACCACAGCCUCCGCCGCCUCCUCCCCCGUCCCUCGCGAGCUUCACUACGCCCGCGGCAUGACCACCUGGCUCCACGCCCGAUGUCCCACGGCCUCGCCCGAGCUCCAGCUCGCCUGUCGAGCCCAGCACUUUAAAAGAUGGCAGCUCCCCCGUUCCACCUACCCCAUGACCCGCUCCGGCUACCUGACCUGGCGAGCCAAGCAGAAGGCCCAGGCCGCCGCAAAUGUCGCCCUCUUGCUCGCCGACCCUGCCAUCGAGCCCCCCAUCGCCCCGUCGUCCCGCGACCGCGUCGCCGCCCUGAUUCGCAAAGACGGCCUCGCCACCGACCCGGACACGCAAGUGCUCGAGGACGUGGCCUGCCUCGUCUUCCUCGACGACCACUUUGAUGACUUCGAGGCCAAGGCCGACAUGGACGAGGCCAAGCUCAUCACCAUCUUGAGAAAAACGUGGGCCAAGAUGUCCGAGCCCGGGAGGGAGCUGGCCCUCGCCAUGCGGCUGAGCGACAAGGCACGGUCCCUGAUUGCGUCCGUCUGUGUACCCGCUUCGCCCGAGGUGCCCGCCCCCGAGGUGCCCGCUCCCGGGGUGUCAGCCCCCGACGCAUGGGACUGCCGUUUCUCGCGAGGCGCCUUGGCGGACCUUUUCAGCAUCCUUGCUCUACAGCCUCUGGCCAAUUUCCAAGCGAGCCAGAGGGUGGUUAUGAUGAUUACUGAACCCCCUAAGGCGGCAAAUUCAUCCGUAAUGACCCCUGGGAUGGUCCAAGGCGAGGGAGGUGCAAAGGACGGAGGGGCAGAGGACGGAGGGCCAGGAGCCGGCGAAGAGUUGGGAAACGUAGAGGCCGAAGUUGAAGAGGGAGAGGUAGAGGCCAAAGACGAGGAGAGAGAAGUAGAGGCCAAAGUUGAAGAGGGAGAAACAAGAGGCGAGGAACGAGACGAGGAAGAAGAGGUAGAUGGCCCAGACGAGGCAGAGGGAGAGGACGUCGAUGACCUCGAAUGGGCAGACGCAGAGGGCCCGGAGAGAUCGCGAGUCGGCGCGGGCAAGGAGGGCGACUCGCUGGCCUUGGGAGACGCCGUCGGCUCGCCGUCGGUCGAGGCCGCCGUGUAUCGCAGGACCGUCUCGGCAACCCUGUCGGUGCCGCAGACCAAGAGCGAAAAGCCCCCGAGGAUCCAGGCUGCUCGCGGCAUCGCCGCCGCCGUCUCGCACGCCGAGGCCACGCCAGUCUUCCACGCAUCGCGUCGAGAGACGACAUGCCCCGCCGGCAACACGCCAGCAGCAGCCGACGAGGCUACGGGCCGCGUCAACCGCGCAUCUCUGGCCCGGGUGGCAAGUAAGCGGAUGUUCUAG